AUGCGAUUGGACGAUUUUGACAUUUCAAGUGGGUCAAGUCUGGUCACCUGGAAAAAUUUUGGUGUGGCUGAGGAAACGGCUCUCUCUCCUUCAAGGGACUAUUGUAUCCAAACUCUGAGCGAAGAUGCUCUUGAUGUCAUUCGGGGGCCAGUCUCGGAACUGAAAGAUGCCCUGCCAGAGGACCCAGUUGAGCCACCGAAGAAGCGCAAAGCUGCGAAACUGGAGGCGUCCGACGACACAGAUUGGGCCAAGGAACUCGGGAAGGCAACCUUGACAGGUACACAGUUUCCGAUCUCAAGCUUGGCUGUGAAACUUACGGCAUACCAAAGAGCGGCAAGAAAGCAGCUCUUAUUGAGCGCCUUUCGGAUGCAAUUCGAGGUGGCGAGGACGCCUGAGAACGACGAGAGGAAAUCAUCGCAAAUGGUGAAGGCAAGCAAAUAG